UGCUCAGGAGGCAUUGAGUUUAUUUUGAAAGAGGAGAGCAAAAGUAGUGGUACAACACAAAAAAUAUGAUAAAUGUGGCUGAAUUGUAAACGCCGAAGUUGUUGUUGUGGGAGGUGUAUUUUCACCACUGUAUAUAUAAAGAGUAUUUGUUGAAAACAACAACUUAUCUUAGUUGGAAUUUUUUCCAGCGUGGCCGAGGGCAAAUCACAGUUUUAUAACCUGCAAAUAAGCGCUCGCGGGGUGAGUGAGAGUUGCGAUCCCUGUGACAGUGCCAGCCCUGCCAGCGCCAUGACACGGGAGGAGCCAUACCACCAGGAGUUCAGCUACGACCGGAUGCCCACCCUGGAGCGGGGCAGGCCGGACGCCCCAAGCUACAGCCCCGACGCUAAGCCCACCGACCUUCAGCUCUCCAAGAGGCUCCCACCAUGCUUCAGCUACAAGACAUGGAUCUUCUCUGUGCUGAUGGGGAGCUUCCUUCUGGUAACCUCCGGGUUUUCACUCUACCUGGGAAACGUGUUUCCUUCAGAGAUGGACUACCUGCGCUGCGCUGCAGGCUCUUGCAUUCCGUCAGCGAUUGUGAGCUUUGCUGCUUCAAGGAGAAACGUCAAUGUGAUUCCCAACUUUCAGAUACUGUUUGUUUCCACGUUUGCUGUCACCACCACGUGCUUAAUUUGGUUUGGAUGUAAGCUCGUCCUGAACCCGUCGGCAGUAAACAUCAAUUUCAACCUGAUCCUGCUCCUCCUGCUGGAGGUGCUCAUGGCUGCUGUCGUGAUCAUUGCCGCGCGGUCCAGUGAGGAGGCCAGCAGAAAGAGAAAGGCUGAGAAAACCACCAUUUUGGAUGAGGCGACCUUUCCUGCUCGUGUCCUGAAAUCCUAUUCGGUCAUCGAGAUCAUCGCUGGUAUCUCUGCGGUCCUGGGAGGAGUAAUUGCUCUGAAUGUGGAUGUCACGGUCUCAGGCCCCCACCUCUCCGUGACCUUCUUCUGGAUUUUAGUGGCUUGUUUCCCAAGUGCCAUCGCCAGUCAUGUGACUGCUGAGUACCCCAGCAAGUGCCUGGUGGAAGUGCUGCUCGCCAUAACCAGCAUCACAUCCCCGCUGCUGUUCACAGCAUCGGGGUACCUGUCGUUCAGCAUCAUGAGAGUCGUGGAGAUUUUUAAGGAUUACCCACCAGCCGUGAAACAAUCCUAUGACGUGCUCUUGCUGCUCCUGCUGCUGGUUCUGCUCCUGCAAGCCUGCCUCACCACGGGCACUGUCGUCCAAUGCGUGCACUUCAAGACCCACGGGCAGCUGCAGGACGUGCCCUGGGACCCCGUGCAGGCCAGCCGGCUGGAGCCCUCAGCAGGGGAGGUGGCCAGGAGCCCUCGGCAGGAGUUUGACAAGGACAAGGCCUGGAGGGCUGUGGUGGUGCAGAUGGCCCAGUGACUGCAUGGCGACCCAGAGUGUGACUUUCUAACCAUCCUCUUCCCUUUGAGGGGUAGUCUGGGCUGCG